AUGGCGCUGGGCAUGGGGCCUGCCGCCGUCCCCUUGUCGGGCUACAGCCCCAUGUUUAUCCUCCCCACCCUGAACUUCACCGUGGGCCAGGUGGCCGCUGUAUGUGAGACGCUUGAAGAAAGUGGAGACAUUGAACGGUUGGGCCGUUUCCUGUGGUCGCUACCUGUCGCUCACCCUAAUUGUGCGGACUUAAACAAGAAUGAAGCCGUUCUCCGAGCCCGGGCGCUCGUAUCUUUCCACACGGGCAACUUCCGUGAGCUGUAUCACAUUCUGGAGAAUCAUCGUUUCUCCAAGCAUUCCCAUGCCAAGCUGCAGGCCAUGUGGCUCGAGGCCCAUUACCACGAGGCCGAGAAACUCCGUGGCCGGCCACUAGGUCCAGUAGACAAAUAUCGGGUUCGGAAGAAGUUUCCCUUACCUCGGACCAUCUGGGACGGAGAACAGAAGACUCAUUGUUUCAAGGAGCGCACAAGAAGCCUUCUACGAGAAUGGUACUUACAAGAUCCCUACCCAAACCCGACUAAAAAGCGCGAACUAGCGCAAGCAACUGGUCUCACUCCGACCCAGGUGGGAAACUGGUUCAAGAACCGCCGGCAAAGGGACCGUGCUGCCGCCGCCAAGAACAGACUUCUUCAACAACAAAUGCAUCAUCACCAACAGCAGCACCUAAGUCGCCACACGACUAGUGGGAACAGUACGGCGACCAGCCAGAGUGGCCCGUCUCCGGUUGGCCAGCGAACCGCCGACUCCACUGAACGGAGGCCAACGACGGAGGAGACAGAAAGUACUAAUGGGAGUUGCGGCAGUUGUGGCGGGAUCAGUUUUAUGCCUGGAAGUCCGACAGUGGUGUCGACUAGUUCAGAGUCCAGUUGUAGUCCUUCACCGGUUCACGCCCAUGGACAGUGA